UGAACAUUUGCCCUCAGUCGGUACUGGCCUUAGAUCAAGACAUAUACGACAAGGACUUUGGCACACUCUUCUUUCCCAGAGAAGCCUGUCGAGAAGGAUUUGGGUUUGGCUUUCCGGCUCACUGGUUUUUCGUCUGUUUCAUGGUCCAUUGUGGAGGCUGGGCUGCUGCGCUUUUCUAUUCGAGCACCUUGGGCAAGUAUCUAAAACGCGAGUUGUGUUUACGACGUGACGCGGAGACACACUUGGGCAACUGCUCCCAUGUGAUCACCUUUGAAGUCGCUUUGGCGCCGGAAGAGGAGGACGAGGCAGAUGAGGAGAUUGACGGUGAUGCACGAAAAGAAGUUGAUGCUGAAGCUGAUGCACUAGAAGAUCCUCUUCGUAAACAAGAAUUACGCCUCGCACGUCGUUUGCAGAAGGCUUUGUUUCCGCAGCCGUUUUUUUGCAAGGGGAAAAGCAAUGUUCUUGGGGAUAAUAAAACUAAGAAGACUUCUAAGAAGACUACAUCCUGCUCUGCAGCAUCCGCCUUGGAAAUCGUCGAAGUGAAGACGCAAAAAGCGACUGGUUGCCGUGAAGUGGUAUCUUUGUGCUCGUUU